AACACUUGUUGUCAAUGACGACAAUGUAAAUAUUCGAAGCCACCGUAUAUAUCAAGACAAUUUAAAUUGUUUGAAUUUAAAAAAUUCAACAAAAGCAUUACCUGAAUAAGAUUCAAGAAAAUAGGUGGAAUCAAGUAAGAUAGGUAGAAGAUAACUGGGAAUGGGGGAAAAAGAGAUUAGAGCAUUGUUAUCCGGAAAUUUUGAUCCCGGCACCCUUUCUGAACCACCAACAGACGUUAUAAGAGUUUAUUUAAGUUCUAAAGGAGAGGAUUCAAUUGUUGAACGGAAUUAUUUGGUUGAAAAUGUUUACCCUAAAUUAAGAGAAUAUACAAGACAGAAAUAUGGGCUAGAAUUUAGUGUUAUUAUAGACUUAAAAUGGGGAUUAUCGAUAAACGAUUGCGAUUAUUCCACUUUAAAUUCUUUUGAAUUAGGAGAAUGUCAAUUGAACAGUUUAGGACCAUAUUUUGUGGUUGUCGUAGGCCAGAAAUAUGGUGAUAAACUACCACCGAGAAGAAUACCUGCAGACCUUAUGAGGCUAAUUAGUUCUGCAUUAAAAUCCGUCAAAGGCAGGAGUACUAGAAAUGCUGGUCUAUUAAAAUCGUGGUAUAGAAUCGAUUCGAAUUCUAUACCACCUUGUUGUGUCCUUAGUAUUCCAUCCGAACAUCAAAAUGAUUCUGCUGAAAAGUCUAAAGAGAUAUGCAAACUCAUAUCAACAGGUCUUGACCUGCUCCUAAAGAAUGAACAAAUUGACAUAAAAACAAAGAAUGAGUUAUCAGUGUCCGAGUUUGAACGGGAGAUUUAUGAUGGAAUUUUACAUUCUGAAAAGCCUAAACAGCAAUGUUUAAUAUUCAAAAGGACAAUUACAGAUAUGAAGAAUAAUCUUGACGCCGACAGAGCAUCGAUUUUUGCCGAUAUUAUACAAGAUGAAAGAACUGGUGAUAUAUUUUUCGAUCACGAAGAGAGAAGACGUCUAGAAGAGCUAGAAUGCAAAUUAGAAUCUUGGCUGCCGCUCGAAAAUAUCCAUAAAUUUCAAGUUUUAUGGAAAUUCAAUAACGGUAUUUGCCCAGAUCUGCAUAAAGACUAUUUAAAAGAAUUUUCCGAUAAGUUUACAUCCGAGAUGGAACGUUUAAUUGACCAGAGUGCUCCCAAUCGAUCUAUUAGGUUUAUUCCAUUCUUAAUUGAAAUGAACACCCAGUGGUCUUAUUGUAAAAGACUUUGGUGUAGUUUCAACGAACGUCAGCAAGAAUUGAACACUGUUAAAAAAUAUUUAUUUAGUGAUUCUAACACUCCGUUUUACGUUUAUGGACCCAGCGGAGUUGGUAAAAACUCAUUAUUGAGUAAAGUUGCCUUAGAUAUUCCCGAUUGGAUAUUAGAUGAAGAAAGUUUGACAAUUAUUAAAUUUGUCGGCCUUACUACAAAUUCCAAAGAUAUUGUUUCUACAAUCCAUAGCUUAUGCAUUCAGUUAGCUUUAGCCAUUGAGCAACCAACUGAAGAUAUACCAAGAAAUCCUUCCCAAGCUAUCAUUGAUUAUUUUCACGAACUUUUAACUAAAAUUCCCAGGGGUCAAGCGUGCACGAUUAUUAUUGGAAACGUCUCGAAUGUUUCAUGGAUUCCUCAGUAUUUAGCUUCAAAUGUAAAAAUUUUAAUUGGAUUAAGGGAAAAUGCAAUAUUAGCAGACAAUGUAUCUGUUGAUAAUUUCUUAGAAUUGAAAGAGCUUGGUAAAGAAAGCGGUUUGAAAAUGUUAAAUGCUUUACUUUCGGAGAAAAACAGAAUCCUGCAGAAUGAUCAAAGAGAGAUUAUAAGUAAACUGUUAGAAAAAUGCUCUUUACCUAGUUAUAUAAAAUUGUUAAGCGAGGAAGCUGCUAGAUGGACUUCCACUUGUUUAAUAGGAAUUGAUAAACUUCCACCAGAUGUACCUACAUUUUAUGCAGCUUUCUUCAGUCACUUAGAGGGUAUGCAUGGAGAAGCUUUAGUUUCAAAAUCUUUAUCGUAUCUCACAGCAGUUUCUCAUGGUUUAACUGAUUGUGAAAUGGAUGAUCUUCUUUCUUUAGAUGAUCAAGUUCUUUUAGAAGUUUGCCCACCAGUUUUAUCAGGUUCUACUAGGAUUCCACAUGUGUUUUGGAGAAAACUAAAACUAUCCCUAAUGUCUCUUUUGCGAAUCUAUCAGUGCGAACGAUUAAAUGUAUCGACAUGGGCUCACGAGCUUAGUAGAGAAGCUGCGAAGGUCAGAUACUUAAGAAAUCCUGAAAUAGCCGAAUCUGUUCAUUUAACCUUAGCUGAAUACUUUGGAGGAAGAUGGCAUGAUAUUUCGAAACCUAUUAAAAACGGAAAUAGCAUAAAAGCAGCCAAUAGAUUAGUACCUUCCCAACCACUACAAUUUGAAAACGGCUCUUUCAACAUCAGGAAAUUAAUGAAUGUACCUCAACAUCUCUUUGAAGCUGGACAAAUUGACAAGCUAGAAGAUAACGUUCUCUUCAACUUUGACUGGUUAAGAAGUAAACUCAUGGCCUUGGGAUUUGAUGCACUCUUAGAUGAUUUUAGUCUAAUAUCUGGAAGAGAUGUCCUACUUGUAGAACAUGCUCUAAGAGAUUCUGCUGACAUUUUAGAAAAUAAUCCUUCUAAUCUUGCGGUAGAACUAACUGGUAGAUUACUUUGUCAUUGUAUAGAAUACCCAAAAAUUAAGUCUCUUAUCUAUCAAUGCGAUGUGAAAGGCAUCGACGACUGCGGUAUUAUACCUGUAACUCCAUUUCACAAUGUACCAGGUUCGCCUCUCAAAACAGUCGUGACUUUACCGGAAGUACCUGAUGUUUUGGAGGCUCUAAAAAAAGAAUCAUCUAACGAUGAGAGAUAUAUUCUGGCCAAAUCGAAUAAAAGCUCUACAGUAUUUGUUCUAGAUGCCAAAGAAUGUAGGAGAGUAGCUACAGUUGAAACUUCCGUUGGUGAAUUAUUUUGUUCACCAUGUGGAAAAUAUAUUAUUAUCAUAGACGAAGAGCACGAUAGAUCAAUUAAGAUACAUGACGCUAGCAACGGGUCUUUCAUUGGUCAGAUAGUACCUGAACGACACAUCCAAUUUCCGUCAAGACCAUCAACAGGUUUUAAAUGCAAAUUCUCUAAACCAUCCCUGCAGAAUGGUCAUUGCUGUAUAGCAGCAACUAAAGAAUCAAGUCGUUUGCUCUUCUUCAGUUUGUUAACUUCGAAACUGUUGUCUGUAAAAGGUCUGAGUGGUAAGGCUACAGUUUGUCAACUAUUUUCCUCUGCCGACCUAUUAUUAACAAAUGAUGGACCCGCUAAUAUUUGUAUAUUUAAUACCGAAAAUAUGAAAUUAAUAAGUCAAGUUGUGCUUGGUUACGAUACUGAAAAGGCUGGUUAUCCGAAAUUAGUUUGCCUUACAGAGGAUUGUAAAAAAGCUUUUGUAUGUUGCGAUGGACAAUCAACCACAAUCUAUAUUCUUCUUUUGGACAAUGAAGGAAACGCCGAUAUUCAGUUCAGUAUUAAUGUAAAUCAACAACUAUCUGGCGAGGAUGUCGAAGAUAUGACGGUCUCGCCGAACAACAAUUAUUUCUUUAUCAAAUCUCAUUCACAUUUAGUUGUAUUUGAUAAUGAUACACAGAGGGAAAUUCAACAUAUUGAGAGGCCGAGUUAUAUACCAACUGAAUUUCAAUUACCUGGGCACAUGACAGCGGAAAGAUUAGGUUUUGAGAAUGCCUUGUUCACACCAGAUUCCAAUUAUAUCGUUUCGUCAAUCUUCAGAACAAUUUUCCUCUGGCCAGUUCGAGCAACGUCACCAUCCAUGAAACCAGCCGCAGUUUUGCAAACUCCUAUAGGAUUGGUCAACAGGAUAUUAGCACCUAAUUCAAGCGGUAGCGAAGCAGCCCAAUUAAUAAGUCAACAAGCCAAAUCAAAUACUAUACAUGUGUGGAAAUUAGCUAGUGCCUGUUCCCAUGUCAUUUUGACAGAUCGACUUACUAAGCCUAUAAAAGCAAUAGAAGUAAACAAAUGCGGCUCAGCUCUCGUGAUAAGCGAAGAUUGCGAAAGUGUAGGAAUCCUAGAAAUGGACACUGGCAGACUAAUUGAUCUUUUCACUCAUCCUAGAAUUGUUAAAGGAGCGGCUAUUAGUUGUGAUGGAAACUAUGCUGUAAUAUCACUAACUGGUAGUGAGAGAGGAGAUUCAAAUUGGAUCUGGGAUAUUAAACAGAGAAAAGUUCUUUUGGAGAUUGGAGAAGCUUCUGCCAGCGUAAAGGCAUUACAAAAUAGUAAUACUUUUGCCUGCCUUCACCAAAGAGCCAAUACUUUCCGAUCUGCUAGUUUAUUCUGCCUUAUUGAAUUUGGCGACUUUGAAGAGGACACAGUUCAAUUAAGAUACGCUAACGAGAUAAUUGACGAAGAUCAUGUAGAGAACAUUGCAGAAUACGUACUAAAAGAUAUGCAACUAUCAUCUGAAGAUAAGUUUGCCGUUUUAUUAUCCGCAAAUAACUAUGAUGAACGUCAGGCAACUUAUGUAGGAACAUCACUAACUGUAAUAGAUUUAAAGGAUAGUCUUGAGGUAAAGACGUUUGACGAAGAUAGGCUCAGGGAACACGAUGACAGCUUACAGAAAAUUGUUGACUUUAACGUACACACCAACAAUCCCUAUCUGGUGACGCUUAUCUACAGUAUAGAAAAAAGGGAAAACAAUCAAUGUCUAGGCCUAAUGGAAUUAGAUAUUUGCAGUGAAAUAGCUCUCAGAAUAAUCGUCGAUUUAUUCUCUCCAGUAGUACAACUUGAAAAAGUUCUAUAUGAAAAUAAUAAUCAAUACUGCAUUGAUGAUCAAUGCAAUGUGAUAAAUUUGGAUACAGGUCUGAUUGAAAGAAAGAUAGUAGAUGAGAAUCUUCCAAGAUCUUUUGCUCAUAACGGUCGACUUUUAAUAUUUUAUAAUCAAGAUAAACUUUGGGUAAGAAGAACAGCUGAUGGAUCAAUUAUCGGAAAGAUAACUACAUCAGCUCCUAUAACAUGCAUCAAAGUGUGUCAAGAUGAUAGAACGAUUCUAGUUGGCUUAGAAGAUGGUGCUGUAUUAGAAUAUAUAAUAGUUGAUCCCUUGAAUGAUGAUCCAAACAAGAUCUUGUCAGAACUACCUACAAGAAUAAAGCAUAUUGGACCAAAUUCGGUCAAGAGAAUAUGGGAUCGAGUUGAUACUGAAACUGGCUUGCCACCAUUCGUAAGCAGCAGAGCAUCAUCGGCAAGUCGUUUUCGAUUGUCUUCCAGAAAAGAGAAGGAAUUACUAAGUAGUGUAGAAACAGUGAACUUUUACCCAAGAAACUCGGUAGGCGCUUCACGCGCUUGUAUAAUCCUCUAG